AUGGCUUCGCCGGCAUCCCUUUAUGAGGUGCUUGGUAUACAAAGGGGCGCUACCUGUCAGGAGAUCAAGGCGGCGUAUCGUCGGUUGGCGCGUGUUUGUCAUCCCGAUACGGUAGCGACAGAUCGGAAAGACACAUCCGCCAAUGAGUUCAUUAAGAUCCACGCCGCCUAUUCCACGCUUGCCGAUCCUCAGAAGCGCGCUGAUUACGAUCGAGACCUCUUCAGCAGGCAACCAAUUUAUAGAUCUCCGUCGUCUACCUCUGUUUACGCGGCGUCUUCUAUGUCUAGAUUUUCUGGCUAUACUUGCCGGAAUUGGGAGACCGAUCAGUGCUGGUAG